CUCACUUUACUGGAUCUGGGACUUUAAAUGAAGAUCACACCAUCAAAGGGGGAGAGACCUCAGCAUGCAAACCCUCGUCUGUCCGGCUUGCACCCUCUCUUUCUUUCCAUGCUGCUGGUCUUCAGAUGGCUGCUCCCAUGCCUCAUUCGCACCAGCAGUACAGUGACUGUCAACAGCAGAGUACAGACCAGUCUGUCACUGUACUGCCAUACAGUGAUCAGACACAAGCACUCACUGCCAGCCAGAGGCACAUGCCCCAGUGCUUUCGUGACCCCACUUUAGCUCCUUUGAGGAAGCUCUCCAUAGACCUGAUCAAAACCUACAAACACAUCAAUGAGGUGUAUUAUGCAAAAAAGAAACGACGACAUCAGCAGGGUCAAGCUGAGGACUCCAGCCACAAGAAAGAAAGGAAAGUCUUCAACGAUGGCUACGAUGAUGAGAACUACGACUACAUUGUCAAGAAUGGGGAAAAAUGGAUGGACCGCUAUGAAAUUGACUCUUUAAUUGGAAAAGGGUCAUUUGGACAGGUUGUAAAAGCUUACGACCGAGCUGAGCAAGAGUGGGUAGCAAUUAAGAUUAUCAAGAACAAGAAGGCCUUUCUGAAUCAAGCUCAAAUUGAAGUACGGCUUCUCGAGCUCAUGAACAAACAUGACACAGAGAUGAAAUACUAUAUAGUACACUUGAAACGGCACUUCAUGUUCCGGAAUCAUCUUUGCUUAGUAUUUGAAAUGUUGUCAUACAACCUUUAUGACUUGUUACGGAAUACGAACUUCAGAGGUGUCUCUUUGAAUCUGACACGGAAGUUUGCCCAGCAGUUGUGUACAGCACUACUGUUUCUCGCUACACCUGAGCUCAGCAUCAUCCACUGUGACCUAAAGCCAGAGAACAUCCUGCUAUGUAACCCCAAGAGAAGUGCCAUCAAAAUAGUGGACUUUGGGAGCUCCUGCCAACUGGGACAAAGGAUAUAUCAGUACAUCCAGAGUCGAUUCUACCGCUCCCCUGAAGUGUUAUUGGGAAUGCCAUAUGACCUGGCCAUAGAUAUGUGGUCUCUGGGAUGCAUUCUGGUGGAAAUGCAUACAGGAGAACCUCUAUUUAGUGGAGCCAAUGAGGUGGACCAAAUGAACAAAGUUGUUGAAGUACUUGGGAUCCCACCCAAUCACAUUAUGGACCUAGCACCAAAAGCCAGGAAGUUCUUUGAGAAGUUGUCAGAUGGGACAUGGAGUAUUAAGAAGACCAAAGAUGGAAAAAGGUACAAACCUCCAGCGUCUCGAAAGCUCCAUGUCAUCUUGGGAGUGGAAUGUGGUGGACCAGGCGGUCGUCGGGCGGGAGAAUCCGGACACGCAGUAGCUGACUACUUGAAGUUCAAGGACCUCAUUCUCAGAAUGCUGGACUACGACCCCAAGACGCGAAUUCAGCCCUACUAUGCCCUCCAGCACAGUUUCUUCAAGAAGACCACGGAUGAAGGAACCAAUACAAGCAGUAGUGUGUCAACAAGUCCUGCACUUGAGCAGUCACAGUCAUCAGGGACCACUUCUAGUACAUCCUCAAGCUCAGGAGGAUCGUCUGGAACAAGCACCAGUGGCAGAGCAAGAUCCGAUCCAACUCAUCACCAUCGGCACAGCAGCGGGCAUUUUGGCAUAGCCAUGCCAGCCAUAGACUGUGACAACCUUUGCCCUCAGGCGAGACAGCCUUAUCAUCCACCAGUAGUAUGGCCUGGAAUCGUAGGACCAGAGAAAAAACAUCUGCGUAAAUUUGCCUCUUUGUGUUGA